AUGAGGGCAUCCUGGGUGUCUCGAUGGUUAUGGAAAAUCGAUUUGAAAUAUAAUUGGAAAUAUCAACGUGCUUAUCGAUUAAUUCAUGAAUUGGCAGAAAAACUCGUCGAAAAAGAACAAAACAAACAAAGUGCCAUAGAACAUGAAGGACCAAAGAAUCUCAUUGAUUCAUUGGUCUCAUCAUUGAAUGAAGAAGCCAACGAUGAGCAUGCUGCAUUCGGUCUAACACUUUCGGAAAUAUUUGACGAAGUUUUAGCGAUGAUCAUAGCUGGUUAUGAAACGACAUCAAUCGCUCUAUUAUGGUUCAUAUUUUUCUCAUGUAAAAAUCCUCAAGUACAACAACGGAUGAAAGACGAAUUGCGCGAACAUGAUCUAUUGAUGACUGAUGAUCUCACAGAUGUUCCGCCGCUGACGCCAGAGAUUUUAUCCUCGCUAACCUAUUGUGAAUGUGUGACGAAAGAGGUCUUACGUUUGGCUCCUAUCGGUGCAUUCGCAACCAGUGUAGCUACUUGUGACACCAUCGUUGACGAUGCGAAGAUUCAUCGUGGCCAAACUGUUUUUAUUGCUAUACAUAACAUCAACAUUGAUGCUCGCUAUUGGCAUCAUGCUGAUCCUCGACAAUUUGUACCGGAAAGGUUUUUAGCUGAAGAUCAAAAUCAUCAUCCAUUGACGAUGAUUCCAUUUGGUGGUGGACAUCGAGCAUGUAUUGGAUAA